AUGACCACCAACAGCUCCGGCUUCCACCGACAAUGCGAAAUCUGUGUCACACCAAACACGGUCGAGCACUUCCUGUGCACCUGCCCAGUUUACGAGGCCCUCCGUCAGAUGCACCAGGUGACAGACGUCCCCAGGUCACUGGCCAACGACAAAGUCAACGAGCGCCAAGGAAGAAACCGGCGAUACGGACCAUACCCCCCGGCAGUCGGGGCGCCGUCCAACCGGAAGCCGGCAGGGGACCGGCAUGGACGGGUCGACCUCGGCGCCGGCAGGACGAUGGAAGCAGCAGAAACCGAAAUCCAAAAACUACCGGGAACGGUGGGCACCUCGGACCUCUCGGGUUCCCGGGAUCCGAGCGAACCCCCGGUGGGCCCCCUGGGCCCCUCGGGCUUCCCUGGGACCCAAGUGACAAGUCGUACCACAAAACGAUCCUCUAAACCACCACGAACCACCGGCGGGCAGAGCCCCACCAGCACGGAACCACCAAACCAUCAAUACCCCGGACCCCCCGGCCUCGCCGGGACCACAUCGACCCUCAAGGUCAUUCAACCCGGUCGUGGGCACCUCGGCCCUCUCGGAUUCCCCGGGACCCGAGUGGUAAGCCCCACCCCAAGCGACCCCCACCAACACGCCCACAACCACGACCAGCCUGGUCGGAAGAGCCCGCACCUCGGACCCCCGUUUCCGGAACCCGAGCGGUAA